AUGGCUCCACCCACUCUUACAACGAGCAAUGGCGCCCCGAUGCCGCGAUACGGACUGACGGCCUCCGCCACUGCUGGGUCCACUGGACCACAGCUGCUCCAAGACUUUGAGUUUAUCGACCACCUCUCGCAUUUCGACCGUGAACGCGUCCCGGAGCGCGUCGUGCACGCCAAAGGGGGCGGCGCAUUCGGAUACUUCGAGGUGACGCACCCCGAGAUCACCGACUACACGUGUGCUAAAAUGUUUUCGAAUGCCGGCAAGCGGACGCCAGUAGCAGCUCGAUUCUCAAUCGUGACGGCGGAAUCCGGGAGCCCCGAUACGAUGCGAGACCCGCGGGGCUUCGCGCUCAAAUUCUACACGGAAGAAGGCAACUGGGACCUCGUGUGCAACAACACACCGAUCUUCUUUAUCCGUGAUCCGAUCCUGUUCCCGAGCUUCAUUCACUCGCAGAAGCGUCUACCAGCGUCGCACUUGAAGGAUGCCAACAUGGCGUGGGACUUUUGGUCUCUACGUCCCGAGUCGCUACACAUGCAGACGUGGUUGUUCUCGGAUCGUGGCAUCCCGGACGGAUACCGAUUCAUGAAUGGCUACGGCAGUAACACGUUUGGGAACGUGAAUUCGGAAGGCAAGCUUACAUACGUCAAGUACCAUUUCAAGUCGGAUCAAGGGAUCCGUAACAUGCCCACGAUGACAGUGGAGCAAGCCAAGAAACACAAACACAUCGCGUUCGAUGUGACCAAAGUCUGGCCACACGGAGAUUUCCCGUUGAAGGAAGUUGGACGUCUGGUGCUCAACAAGAAUCCACGCAACUAUUUCGCUGAGAUCGAACAAUUGGCCUUCUCCCCGUCGCACAUGGUGCCUGGAAUCACUCCUUCUCCCGACAAGAUGCUACAGGGCCGCUUGUUCUCGUAUCCCGACACUCUACGUCACCGUCUUGGCAAGAACUACCAGCAGAUUCCGGUUAACCGUCCGCUGAAUGAACCGCAGACGUAUCAACGUGAUGGCCCCAUGGUAGUAAACGGGAACAUGGGCGAUGCUCCAACUUACUUCCCGAACAGUAUGGGAGGACCCGAGGAAGUGGAAUCGCUGCGCUACACAACGUACGAUGGCGAACAUACCGUGGUGGACAAAUACUCGUCUGCCUACGAUGACAACAUCUCGCAAGUCCAAAUCUUCUACCGUAAAGUACUGGACGACGAAGCUCGCGAACGUCUAACGGAUAACAUCGCGACGUCGCUUGUGAACGCCUCCAAGAAGGUCCAAGACCGUACGCUGGACAACUUCAAAGAAGUGGAUGAACACUACGCUCGACGUGUCAAGGAGAAGAUGGACCAGAUGUUGACAGCCAAGGAGUCCGUUCCCAAGUCCAAGAAACAUAUUACGGCGCCACUGAACCCUCCACGUAAGGCGUUCACACCCGUAGCCCCGUAG